GGAGUACCCCGCGCGGUGAGGUCGCGCCGCUCGCAGGAGUAUCGGGUGUCGGUGCGCGGUGCGGGCAUGGGCCGCAGUUGAUGCGCGCGCUCGCGCUCAUGUUGCAUUUGUUUUGUUUUGUGAACUGCUGAAACUUCAAAGUGUUGGGCGUAAAGGUAGAGAUGAAGACGGAGCACCGCACUUGCUGCGCGUGCGGCGAGCCGAUCGCGGAUCGAUUCUUGUUGGAGGUGGGCGGCGGCGCGUGGCACACGGGCUGCUUGCGAUGCUGCGUAUGCGCAGUGCAGCUCGACCGCCACCCAUCCUGCUUCCUGCGGGACCGGCAGGUCUACUGCAAGCAGGACUAUGCCAAGAGUUUCGGUGCGAAGUGUUCCAAGUGCUGCCGCGGCAUCUCGUCCUCGGACUGGGUUCGCAAGGCGCGCGAACAGGUCUACCACCUGGCGUGCUUCGCGUGCGACGCGUGCGGCCGCCAGCUCUCCACCGGCGAGCAGUUCGCGCUGCACGAGGACCGCGUGCUCUGCAAGCCGCACUACCUCGAGACGCUUGAUGGUGGAUCCAUCUCGUCUGACGACGGCUGCGACUCCGAGGGCUAUCACAAAAGCAAAGCGAAGCGGGUGAGGACAACCUUCACGGAAGAGCAGCUACAAGUACUGCAGGCGAACUUCCAGUUGGACUCGAACCCCGACGGGCAAGACCUGGAGCGGAUCGCGCAGGUGACCGGGCUCAGCAAGCGGGUUACGCAGGUCUGGUUCCAGAACAGCCGCGCGCGACAGAAGAAGCACCAGCACACCGGCAAGGGAAAGCAGAAUCAAUUGAUGUCGCGGGACGCGGAUCCUGUGGGGUUUGGCCGACCCAUCAACCUCCACCUCACGUAUUCGUUUCAGAACAAGCCGCCGUUCGUCCCUAUAGAUGGAACUUCUUUCACGGAUUCUUCAAUGGAUGAGUUGUCAGAAGACUCCUCGAUCCACUGCAUGCAGAGCGAAGUGUGAGCGGCGCAGGCGGACGCUGCGGUCGUAUAGUCGGCCUCUGGACAUUGUUGUAAAUACUUGCCAUAUUUUAGCGUAUUGUUAUAAUCUAAAUGUAGAAUAUAUUCCGCAACUCAUUUCUUUAAUUAACUAGAAAGGCAAUUAAAGUUCUUUAGUUAUAUACAGGUGUUGCAAUAAGAACGUAUCUUUAAAAUUUGUGAUUGAUUGAGAGCUUCUUUAAGGUGUAGAACGAAAGAUAGGUAACGUAAUUAUUAUAAUAAUGUUAUAUUUCCAGCUUAAGUUUUAAACUAUGUUCUUGAAUUGGACUUGCCAAAGUUGACAGACUCGAACAUUCCAGAAGAAACAACCGAGUAAAACAUAUGAUUCUAAUCGUAUAACUGUUCAUAGACUUCACCGUUGUCGUAGUUUUAGAUGCCUUCUAGGGUUUAGCAUUAUUGCAAAAGUAACGUUGACCUCCGAACUGAUUGUUAUUAUAUUAGUUUUGACUCAAAAUUGGCACUAUUCUGAAAAUAGAAUUGACGCCUUGACAUUAAAGUUACAAAUAAACUUGUAUGUUGUAAAUGAGCCCUCGUUUUUGCAGCACCUGUAUGUGGUAAUAAUAUCUUUAAAUGUUAACGUAGUCUUUCCGACUAUAGGAGUUUUGGUGUUGAUAUUUUAAUAAAUUUUGCUUUCACGAUACAGCCUGUUGUGGUUAAUAAUCGAUGACGCUCCUUGACAGUACAAGCCAAGAGUGGUCAAAAACAUUGUUGUGGUUGAUUAUUUUAAAUCUUAUUUUCAUAAAUGUAACGCUCAUCUUAUGUUGAUACCGUCGCAUUAAGCAUCCUUGUCUGAGAAUUAAUGAAAUUUGAACGGCAAGUGUUUGCAAUAAGGUUUAAAAUAUUUUGACACAGACUUUACUUCGGAGUCCUUUUGUACUGUCAGUGAUCGUCGCCCCAUCGACAUAUCUUUAUAAUGUAUAGAUGUACCUAAGUAGGAUAAGAUAUAUACAAUAUUUUAAGAGUUUUAAUAUCAAUCGCUCGUAUUUAUUGUAAAAAGUUAUAUUUAUUUAUUUAUUUCUAGUAACUGUGAUACGUUCGCUGUUUUGACAGUUCAACAUUGGUUUCAAACAUUUGAUCAAACACUUCACGGUAUUAUUUUAAUUUUUAAGACUACAUAACUUUGUACUCCCACGCAGCAAUUGCGGUGCAACAUUUCACGCGCAAUAUUGAGUUUGUUAUUCUGUAAUGUUACUAGACAUAUUAUGAUGCGCGUCAAAUGUUGCUAACUUUGUCGGACAAUAUAUAUUCCCUGCGCAGUGCCGUGAAAAACAAACUCCCUGAUGUAUUGCAGCUGUGUUGCCAACUUUAUUUGUAUAAAACUUAUAUUAAUUUAUUAACUAGAGAUCGGGCGAUUGCACGGAACAUCAAAUGAUGUAACCAAUACAUGAAGGAUUAAGAGUGUAAUUUGAAUAUUAAACGUUUGGGUACUUAUAGUUUGACCCAAAAUGCCUCAAAAUACCAUAAAAAAUCAUGUUAUAUUACAGACAAUAUGAAAGAUUUGAAUCGAAUUUCGCAUUUAAAAAUAAUGUGAAAAUAUAAGUAUGUUUUCAUUUUUUUAUAAUAUAUUUUGAGCGUACUCCGAAGCGAUAAGUCCACAUAAACUCUAAAUUCUUCACUACCCGUCCAAGUCGCUCGGUCUCAACUUACUGUAUAAUGUAGUACGUCAAUUACAUCGCAAAAGAUAAAUAGCAACUAUUCCCUUCAAUGUUGUAUAUAAAACACCUCAUUCUUUCAAAUACGUGAUAUUCGCUAGUAGUGGAUUGAAUGAUAUUCGUUUCGCUAUUAUAGCAAGUAUUACGUAUUGGAAUAGGCAUAAGCUUCGGGGUACGAGGUAAGCGGUGCGACUUCGACGAUAUGGCGGAGUAAAUUUACAAUUACAAAAGACGCUCUCUAAAUAUUCCCUUUCAUUGACGUCGGUUGGUAUAUAGCGGUCGCUAAAUGACGUCACCACUCUCUUACACCCAAGCUUAAAGUGUACAUUUCUUGAUAUCUCCUAAUUUAUAGUAGUUAUAAUCACGUACGUUGUAACGUCUCGUCAUUUUUUAUCACAUUUCAUAAUUUUAUUCUGUACAAAUUCUUGAAUAUAUAACGUUGGUUAAUA